UCGAAAACGAAAAUGUCAAACUUUAGAGGUUAAGAAAGAGAUUAUUACAAAACAGAUUAAUUUAUUUUAUAUUGACUAAAACAAAGCUUAAAAGUACACAAUUUAUUCGUAAUGUUCUUUUUACAAAAUACAAAAAGAUUUAUAAGAUAUAUUACCUGUUUUCCACGUCAAUGUCGAUGUAAAUCUGACGCAGCGUUUGAAUCUAAAAAACACCGCAUAAAACAUGGUCCCAGCUUAAAAGAUUUCAUUAUUCAGUCUACAGGAGCGUCUGAUGUUCCUAAUCAUCCUCCUCACAUACCUUACUUACCGGAAAAUUAUGGAGAUACCUCAAAAAGGAAAGUAUAUUUCGAUGUGUAUGGAUGUCAGAUGAAUUUAAGUGAUACGGAAAUUGUGUGGUCUAUUUUGCAAAAGGAAGGGUUUGAGAAGACUGAGAAAGAAGAGGAAGCUGACAUUUUCCUCGUCAUGACUUGUGCUAUUAGAGAAGGAGCUGAGAACAAAAUUUGGAAUCGUUUGGACCAUUUGAGAGGUUACAAGAGAAGGCGGUCAGUCUCGAGAAAUCGUCACAAGCCAAUUAAGAUUGGUAUUCUGGGUUGCAUGGCCGAGCGACUGAAAGAGAAAUUGAUUGAGAAAGAAAAGGCUGUUGAUGUUGUUGCGGGCCCUGACAGCUACAGAGACCUGCCCCGUCUCCUGGCGCUGACGGAGAGUGGCCAGACAGCUGUCAAUGUGCUGCUGUCCCUGGAUGAGACCUAUGCUGAUGUGGUCCCUGUCAGGUUGAACCAAAACAGUGUUUCUGCUUUCAUAUCAAUAAUGCGCGGUUGUGAUAACAUGUGCACAUACUGUAUCGUGCCGUUCACGCGCGGCCGCGAGCGCUCUCGUGCGGCCGCCUCCAUAGUGGACGAGGUGCGCCAUCUCGCGGACAGCGGCGUCAAGGAGGUGACGCUGCUGGGGCAGAAUGUCAACAGCUACAGGGACGUCACGGAGCAGAGCGGCAGAAGUGACACACAGUUGGCUACAGGUUUUAAAACUGUAUACAAAAGCAAGAAAGGUGGCCUGAGGUUUGCGGAUCUUUUGGACAAAGUGUCGUCAGUGGAUCCUGAGAUGAGGAUAAGAUUCACAGCUGCACAUCCUAAGGACUUUCCUGAUGAGGUGCUGCAAGUGAUAUCGGAGAGACCAAAUAUCUGCAAGAUGCUGCACCUGCCCGCCCAGGCCGGCAGCAGCUCGGUGCUAGAGCGCAUGCGCCGCGGUUACUCGCGGGAGGCCUACCUGCGGCUCGUCGCGCACGUGCGGGCCGUCAUACCGGGAGUGGGGCUAUCCACGGACAUGAUCUGCGGCUUCUGCGGCGAAACUGACGAGGAGUUUGAGGAGACGAUGACUUUGAUGGACAUCGUGGACUACAACGUGGCCUUCCUCUUCCCUUACAGCAUGAGAGAGAAAACUACCGCCUAUCGCCGUUACAAAGACGACGUACCUGACGAGGUGAAGAAGGAAAGACACGCCCGAAUGAUCGAGAUAUAUCGCAGGAAGUGCCAAAGGCUGCACGAGGCAGAAAUAGGGAAUGUACACUUGGUUCUUGUUGAAGGAAUUGUGCCCAAAACUGGGCAAAUUUUGGGCAGAAAUGAACACUAUAUAAAAGUUGUGUUUGAUGAUGUAGAAAUACCUUCCGGGGAGGGAAAUAGGGGGGUGAAGCCUGGGGAUUAUGUCGGGGUUAGGAUCCUAUCAGCCAAGUCUUCUGUUCUGACCGGCGUAGCGUUGUACCACAGCAGCAUUGGGGAGUUCUAUAAGGAUUACGGAUGGGCUGAUCGUGGUUUGUUAAGGGAACAGAAUGCUUAAUAUCAAGUUAAAUUCCCAAAUCCUUUAAUAAAUAAUGUUAUAAAGUUACAUAUUUCAAACUACAAGUAGAAUAGUAAGUUGUAAAUACAGAAUUAAAAUGUUUUUAAUGUAUGAUCAUGUAAAUAUUUGUUAUAUAUUAGUACAAUAAAUCGGAAAUGUAA